UCCUUUACUCCGAGAGACAUGCUACGGACCUUCCCUCCAUUGAUCCACACUGUGCUGCUAGUCUGGUCUCACUCCAGGUAUUAUCACAACACAGAUAAGUUCCAGAAUCUGUUGGAGCUUGUGUCUAACGAGGUAGUACUCCGAGCCCAAAGCCUUGUGGGAGAAGACAUCCUUAAAAAUACCCUCCAGUCGUAUGCUGGUCUGAAAGAUGCCCUGAAGGUCUGCGCAGCUUACAGAGGAACUUACUUAGACACAAAGGACAAAGCUGAUGAUAUCAACACUGAGAAAGUCUCAGAAACUGCGGAGGCAAUGACAUUGCAUCCUCCAAAAGGAGUCUUAUAUAGCACCAAACUCUACAGCACCAGCCAACGUAAACGAGUAAGAUCGUCACACGGCAUAUGGCGGGAUACCAGCUCCUCUGAUGUCGGUGUUAUACAGGAAGAUGAAUGGACAGACUCACAAUGGCCGCCGCGUAACGCUCCAUGCUUUAAUUUGAUGAACGGCUUCAUGGAAAGAUGUAAUGACCUCCUAGAGCUGGUCCAGACUACAAGACACUUCAACCUCCUGCAGAUGGCAGCGGAGGUUGGAGGAGCCGGCACUAAAAGCCUGGACGCCCUCGUUAGGGAGAUCCACAAGGAGUUCUCAGAUGCCAUGGAAGACUUUGGGGAUAACGUCAUGGACAUCCUUGACAUCACUGAGAGCAAGGCCUUUGAGAAAGCCUUCUUUAAUUUCAGGUCCAUUGUCAAGGACCUAGAGAGACGUCUUGCCAUCGUCCUCCAUCAAAGCUUCCAGCAAUGCCCGACCAUCGGAGCUCAGCUUCGACUCCUAGAGGUCUUCGAAGGAGUAAGUGGGCGAGAGAUGGUUCAAGAGUACCUCCGAGAGAAGGACAAGCAGUUGAUUAGCUCCUUCACCCAGGAGCUUAUCGCCGUCCGCUCUAUGUUCCUGGCCAAGAGGAACUCUCCACCUAACCAUGUGAAUCUUCCACCGGUGGUCAGCCGGCUGACGUGGGUAGGGGCCUUGAAGAAACGAAUUCAGCAUCCAAUGGAGAAGUUGAAGCGAAUUAGCCCACACUCCCUCGAGGGUGACGCCGGGUGGCAUCUUCGUGACAUCUUUGCUGAUACUAUGAAGGACUUUGAGGAGUACCAGGAGAGUGCCAUCACUAAAUGGCAGUGCCAACUUCAUGACGAGCUGAGGGAUCGGCUAAAACAGCCUCUCUUGAUCGCUGAUGACUAUGACCCUGAGAUUGACUACCGACCUCAAAUCAUCCAUGUCAACCUCGAUCCCGAGCUACUCCUCCUUCUCAGGGAAGUUCAUUAUCUACAGCAGCCACCGUUUACUAUCAAACUUCAGGACACCGUGCGAGACCUUCUAAGAAACACCGACAGCGCUACGUUACGCACAACGGCUGCGCGGCUGGAGACCAUUGUGUCAAAGUAUAACUCGGCCAUGAGAUCAUUGGUGGAUUUCGAACGGCCGCUGUUUGAAAGGAAACUUGGAAAGAUUGAUCAUCUACUUGAGCAAGGCCUGACCCAUUACACCUGGAAGACCACAGAGAGUGCUGACUUUAUCGAACUAGCCUCGUCCCUUGUUGGAGCUGACCUCCAUCGGACACUAGCCAUCGUCCAAAGUAACUGCCAAGAGAUGGUAGACCUUGCCCAGUCCUGGUCUAGCGGCUACCUUGAUGUCUUUGCAUGUAGAGAUCCUAACGCCAGCUAUCACAUGGCUAAACUCCUGGAGUGGCAAAGGAGCUUGAAUGAAGACCAUGAGAGGCUCGUCAAACCAAGUGGACAACGAAUCCACUACUUACUAAGUAUCUCAUUUGAGGCUGUGCAGAUAAGCCGAGCGUCACCGGCUUGGGAGGACUACGUGGACCACAUUGACGCUUUGGUCUUGGACGGACUCAAACAAGCGUCGCUUAAGAGUCUCAGAUCAAUGCUCAACACUCUGGUCCAUUCUAACAUGGCCGAGGCCCAGGGAACAGUAGUACCCAUUCUAACCAUUCGAAUGGAGUUGAUCGAGAAUGUGGUAUCGGUGACCCCACCUCUAGACCAGAGCACCGCAGUGACCAGCGUACUGGAGAAUGUCAGUCAGUGGCUUGAGGAGUUUAAGAACAGAGGUUCUGUCGUCAAGAUGCUGAACCAUGAAGCAGAGGGUGGCUACCAGAAUUAUAUUGGUGUCGAUGAAGAUGUACAGUCCCUAUGUGAACAGAUUCUACAACUUGUGAAAGAAAACGGAGAUGAGUGCAUGACUCUCCUAGAACUCUUCAAGAACUAUACCUUCCUAUGGAUGCACAACAUCAAUGAGACGUUUGACGAGUUCCUCCACGGUCGUCUCAGCUCUAAUCCCAUGAGAGACUUGGAGAAGUUAGGACCCUCGGCUGGGAUGCGAUCAGCUGCCUCAGAGAGGUCCCUACGAUCAGCUCAGAGCGGACGGGCAAGUUCUGCUUCCCAGUAUAGCAUCGGAGCAAAAGGGGCGAUGGGAACAGCUGAGAAGUUUUUCUUGACUCCUAAGGAUACUGAUGAAUAUGACAAUGUGCCACCGCUAGACAUGUUUGAUGCCGAGAUCGACGUGUACAGGACGGCCAGAGAUGAGAUUGAGAAUAUAUUUGACUACAAGGAUGUUGGUUGGAUACGAGUUGACCUCCAACCUAUCAAACAAGUCCUGACAACCUACGCUAGUCGCUGGAUGUGGACCUUUACAAAGUACCUCACCGAUCAGGUGACGGAGCUACUCACAGACCUAGACACCUUCUUAAAACGCAUCGAGCCCGAGAUUGAGAGCAUCUCCGGUGAGGAGCGCGACACCGCAUCCUUCAUGAAGAUGAUGCGCAUAUUUAACGAGGUGUCCGCCAAGCAACAGGAGAUGGACGGUCAGUUCACAGCGAUGAACCGCACCGUACUGCUCCUCAAGAAGUACGCACAGGCACUACCGGAUCGCACCAAGGGGCUGUAUGAUGCUGCCCCGGGGCGUUGGAAUAAUCUUAAGACGAAAGUAUCGCUAGCUAAACAGCGGCUUGGACCACGGAUUCAGGAGGAGUCUGCUAGCAUCACAAAGGAUCUUGAGUCUUUCGGGGAGCGAGUAGAGACACUCCAGAGGGCGCUCUCCUCAUCGGAUAUCUACACCUACAACUGCUCCAUCGACACUGCCUUCAAAGAAAUCAAUAAGUUCAUGCAACUUCUGGAGAAACUGGACAACGAAGCACAGGAUCUGAUUGAGCUUCAGGAGUUACUGGAGACCGCUGUUGUCAACUUCACUGUCUUACCGGAAUGCCGUCAUGAGCUCCGUAACCUGAAGCUUGUGUGGGAGACGGUAGACACGAUCCACGGUCAGCAAGAGGAGUGGAAGCAGCAAUCAUGGCAGAAGAUGAACACCAAGUUCCUGAGAGAAGUCUCUAACGGCCAGUUGGAGCAGGUCAAGGGGCUACCUGAGGAAGCUCACUACUGGGACGUCUACUUAGGGCUGGAGGACAGCAUCUUGAUCAUACAGGCUUCUCUCCCACUGAUUGAAGAUCUAAGCAACCCAGCUAUGCGCACCAGACACUGGAAGCAGCUUGUACGCGUCACUGGGGGCGCUCUUCUUAUCGACAACGAGAACCUGAAGAGAAUGACAUUGGGGCAGCUACUCCAACUAGGACUUCAGAAUCAUGUUGAUGAGGUCCGAGCUAUUGUCCAGCGAGCCGUCAAAGACGUGACUAUAGAGAGCGCCCUCAAGACCUAUGAGGAGAUUUGGCUGAGUAAGAUCUUUGAGCUGAGGCCGCACGUCCGGGUGAUUGGAGGAGCAAGUAGCGAGAAACAAGACAAGGAGGAAACAGACACAAAGAGUGAGUACUCCCAGAGUGAUGCUGGUACCGUGAAGGGCGGGGCCACCUCUGGGCGCCGCGCCCAGAGUAGGAUGUCAUCAUUUACCAUUGGGACGGCAGGCAGAGCCAAACGGGCUAGUGUGUCCUCCCUCCCUGGCUCGCUGCUCAACCUUGGAGAGGACUCAGGAACGAUCUUCCUUCUCCAUGAGACGGACCCGAUCUUCACUGAGCUGGAGUCGCACCAGGUGGCUCUACAGAGCAUGCAGGGAAGCAGUGCCGCUGGGUCCUUCCUGGACGAGGUUACUAAAUGGCAGAAACGACUGCAGACUAUCGAGGCUGUGCUAUCCACAUGGCUUGAGGUGCAGGAGAAAUGGGUGGAACUGGAAGAGAUCUUCAGUGGCAGCGACGUGAAAACUUCACUGAACCAUGAAGCAGGUUUAUUCGGCUCAGCGAACCGUGACUUCCGUCUACUCAUGAGAGCAUCGGAAAAGAAUCCAAAUGUCUUGCAGUGCUGCCAAAGAAGAGGCAUCCUAAACAUCCUGGAGAAGAUGAACACCAACUUGGAGCUUUGCCGUCGUUCUCUGAUCCAGUACCUAGAGAGACGGAGACAACGAUUCCCUCGCUUCUACUUCCUAUCCAUGGAAGAUGUGCUUCAUAUCGUCUGCAAUGGGUAUGAUCUGAACCAAGUCAACCUGUACUUACCCAAGCUCUUUGAGAAUCUGGGACGUCUGGAUUACGAGGAAAACCAAUCGGAGGCAGCGGAGUGUACCUUCAACAUCACUGGACUCAUCAGUAACAUGGGAGAAAAGAUGUCUCUCAAACAGAUUAUCUCAUGUGAUGGUCCGAUCGAGAAUUGGUUAUCCAAUCUCCUACCCAUGGUGAGAUUAUCCCUUCAGACUCAGCUCACCUCAGCCCUGGGGAAUGAGUCUCUGGAACCCCCAGGAACCCCACGCCGAGGGGAAAGAGAAAUCCACAGCGCUGGGGCCAGGAGAGUCACUGUUGGUAAAGACGAAAGAAAAGGCACAGCAAGGAGUCGAGCCGGCAGUCGCACAGGCAGCCGUAAUCACCGUCCAGGCACACGUGACUCGCAGGAUAGUCGGGGGCACGGCGGAUACGACGGUCGUCACGGCCCGCAGUCCUGGAUGCUUGAUCAUGUGACUGAAGUGGUGUACCUGGCUACACAGAUUCAGAUCACUGAGCAAACCGAGAAGUGUCUUAAGAUGCUGGAGGGCGGUGAUAGGGAUUCAAUGAAGGAAACUGUUGAUAAAGUCAAAGCCAGCAUCCAGGCCGCUGUGGUCAUGCUGAAAGGAGUUGAGGAUGAAAACGAGAGACGGGUUCGACUAGAGAAGGAGAAAAUCAAGAAGGAAGCCGCAGCUAUGAAGGAAGCUGACAUGACCAGCGUCAUGGACACCGGUACCGUGGUGUCCCACACCGGCCGACAGAGCUCCCAGUCCCACAAGAACUCCCAAUGGAGUCUGAAUAACGAGAUGCCUGGUGGACCGCCAGCUGGUAACCAACCAACCAUCGCAGAGGAAGGAAGCACACUGUCUGGACAGCAGGGCGAGAAUGGAGAAGGGCUGGAAACAGUUACCACCAAGCCUAUGGACACUAUGAAGGUCGUACUUCCUCCUGAGAGGCCAAAGGUCAAGGUCAAAGUUGAGGAGAAGAUUGACAAGAGCGAGUUGCAGCUGAUGUUGUUCCCAGGGCAGAUUCAGAAGAUCAGUAAUCUGAUCACCCUAUUGGCACACCAGAGGGAUCUACUGCAAAGACUGAUUGAUAAGCAAGAUGAGAUUAAAGGGUCUCUUCAGGACUCCUUCGAGUGGCGUUCACAUCUACGCUACGUCUGGAACGAAUCCACCAUGGGGCUGUCAGUCAAAAUGUUGGACACAACGUUUGAUUAUGGGUUUGAGUACAUGGGCUCUGGAAGUCGCCUCGUCUUGACACCAAUGACGGAGAGAGUGUUUCUUAGCAUGGGCCAAGCUAUCAAGGCUCGUAUGGCUGCCUUAUGCGUCGGACCAUCGUGGAGUGGUCGUCUUGAGUUAGUGCAGGAGAUGGGAAGGAUCUUAGGCCAGCCUCUGUAUCUCUUCAACUGCUCCCACGCUACUGACUCCCAGAUGCUUGGGGACAUCUUCAGGGGACUUGCAUCUACAGGUGCAUGGGUGUGCUUGAACAAUCUGAGCCACAUCCCAGCCCCAGUCCUCAGCAUCUUCUCCCAGCUCUUGCAGAGUUUCCUAGAUGCCCUCCGCAUGGGUAAAUCCGCCACCGUGUUCCCCUUCCAAACAGACGAGGUCGCCGUCAACGCAAACGGGGCUUGCUUUGCUACGUUGGACAGCUCCAUUUCAGUGCCGGGGGUAUCGUUGGCAUCAGUGGACGGGCGGGUCUUACUGAACUCGGCGUCGGCUCUCUUGCCGAGUAAGCUUAGUAAGCUGAUGAGGACGGUGUCUGUUGCUCAAGUUGACUUGAGAUUGUCUCUGGAAGCGCUGCUGUGGAGUCAGGGAUUCACAAAGGCCAUUGAGUUGUCUCACAAGAUGAUAGCUCUGAGGGAACUUUACACUAAGAUGAUUCCAAACACCUUCUUCACUUCACAGGAUGCCAAACUGGGGAGCGAUCUGAGCGAGGAUUCUCGUGGCUGGAGCCUUCAGAGUAUCCGUAGCAUCGUCUUAGAAGGAGGAGCAAUCUUAGAUGAGCUUCUUGUACUCCAGCUGGCUGAAGAGCAAGAAACAGCCCUUAAUGCAGAAUCGUUGGAGAACAUUGCUGAAGCUGCAAGUGAUUUACCAGAGAAAGGUGUGAAUGAACUACCAGAGAGUUUGACCAAGUAUGAAGGUGAAGCCAUCGUUACUGCCCUGCGUAAUAACUUUAUGCCUCGCCUUCACGGCAGUGAUGCUGAGAUGUUCGUUAGUAUGAUAGAAGAUGUCUUCCCAGACAUCGGCGUGCCGAUGGGAUUCGCCGGUCUGGAGGAGGCAGUUACAAGAGAAGGUAAACUAAGCUUGAAUACUCCGGUAGUCAGCACCCAUCCUGCCUCUACGGUGACCCAGAUCCUGAGCCCUACAGGGGGGCAAGAAAAACAGCCAUUGGACGAUAUCCACGCUGCGAUUGCCGUGGCCACGAGCGAGUUAGGUCUGUUACCUGGGACUGCGUUUCAGGCCAGGGUGGCUCAACUAGCACAACUGACUGACUCACACCAAACGGUGAUAAUUGCUGGGCCAGCUGGUUGCGGGAAGAGCGAAUGCAUCAAGACGUUGGUAGGAGCACAGAGGGAAAUGGGAAAUAUCGUCACUGCUCAAAGAAUCUUCACUCAGGCUGUUGAGUCUCAGGAACUUCUGGGGUAUGCUGAUCCUAAGACCAAGGAAUGGAGGGAUGGCCUUUUUACCUCCCUUCUGCGCAAGCUUUGCCUGGUCCACAAUACCGACUUCACCAACAGUAAACCCAUAAUGAAGACACUUCACCUAGAUGGCGGUAUCGACCCCGCUCAGAUGGAGAUCUUUAGCUCUGUCUUCCAUAGUGACGGCGCCCUCGUUCUCGCAAAUAAUGAGCGCAUCCAUGUUCCGGACAACCUGAGGAUUUUCUGGGAGAUGGAAUCAUUAGCUAGUCUGAGCCCCUCCGCGCUGUCUAGGACCGGACUCCUCUCCAUGGAUACCUCGGACGUCUCCUGGGAGCUGAUCCUAGCCAGCUGGCUGGACCGCUGCUCCGAGACCGACCAAGAGGUCCUUAGGAAGCUGACGGACCGCUACGUUGGGCCCACCCUGAUGUACCUGGAUAGGUGCACCAAACCGGCGAUGAUGGUCGGCAAGAAGGAGGGCGUGGUUGGCAAGGCCAGGAUGAAGAGGAUGAUUGAUGUGUCGGACAUGAGUAUGGUGAUGACCUUCUGCAGUCUACUGGAGGCGUUGAUCACCCAAGGUUCAGAGCUUGAGGAAGCUCUAUGUGAGCGCUACAUCAACUUUGCCUGUAUCUGGGCGUUUGCCGGUACCCUGGAAGAGCGUUACCGGUCGACAUUCAGCGCAUGGUGGUUGUCUGAGUGGGGGCAGUACAUUGACUAUCCUGAAGGAGCUGAUGUCUUUGACUAUUUUGUCGACGGUGAAUCCCAGGAGUUUGUGCACUGGAACGAGGCUGUUCCACCUUAUAGUAUGCCACCACACGAGGGCAUCCCACCAGACGCAUUCGUGCAUACAGUCAGUAUUGAGCAAACCUCAUACCUUCUUGGUCUGCUGUCCGAUGCUGGGAGACCCAUCUUGCUCACCGGUGAAAGUGGGUGUGGUAAGACCGCCAUCGUCAAUGACAGGAUUCGAACCGUCUGCUCUGGGGAGGUUGCUGAAGUAUUGUCUCUCUCUGUCACCACAAAUAGAUUCACUACAAGUCGAGUUUUAUGGCAGAGGCUGGAGGAAAGAUUGGAAUGGAAACAUGGACGCACCUACGUCCCUAAAGGAAGCAAGAAGCUCAUGUGUCAUGUCGAUGACCUCAACCUUGCAUACGUGGAUAACUUCGGCCGACAAUCAGCCUGUGAGAUGGUCCGUCAGCAUCUAGACUCUGGUGGCAUGUACGAGCCGGAUACCCAUCGUCUACGAGAAGUCAAGAAUGUCUCUUAUGUCACAACCAUCAAUCCCAACUCCCCAGCUAAGGUGCCGAGGCCCAGUCAGCGCCUCAUCAGACACUUCUCUGUGUUUGGAGUUCCGUACCCAAAGCCCUGCGAAGUACAUAGCAUCUUCACUACAUUGCUUAACACGCAUUUCCUGACACCAGCAACGACAUCGUCAACAUCAGCCAGAGACAGGCGUCAUCACAUCAUGGACAAGGAGGAGGAACAGUUGAGGGCGCUCGUGUCAAUGAUCGUUAACGUCACAAUUGAGAUCCAAGACCGCAUGAGAACCAUGUAUCUUCCAACAGCCGAACGAUGUCACUAUAUCUUCACCCUCAGAGACAUCAGGAAGAUGUUCAGGAACAUUUGCAUUUCUCUUCGCCCAAACACAACUCGUGAGAAACUGCUGAUGCUAUGGCGUCAUGAAUGUGAGUUUAUCUACGGACAGCGAUUGGUCAGUCCGGUUGAUUUUGAUCGUUACCAGCAGGCUUUCGUAACGGCGGCUAGGAAGGAAUUCUCCAGUGAAGAACUGCUUCAGUUGGUUAUCAACCCGUCGCAGCCCCUCUUCAGCAACCUCGUACAGCAAGAUUCCGGUAUCGUCACCGCCGGUGGCUACAGAACCACCUCCACCGGGAGCAGUAUCGGGGAGGAUGACCCCACCGAUCAGUACCGACCUUGCGAGGAUGUGGACAGUGUGAGGGUGCUCUUGCAGGAUGCGGUGGAAGAGUAUAACAAAUCGCAUGCCAAGAUCAAGCUGGCUUUAUACAGAGAAACACUUCAGCGUGUUUGUCACAUCGCGCGCACCAUUAUGUCCCCCCAUGAUGUCGGCCACGCUACCUUAGUCGCCGAGGGUAACCCAGGUCUCAGCAACCUCUUUGCCCGUUUAGCCGCCCAUCUGUGUGGAUUUAGUGUCUUUGAGGUCAACCCAUCACCGAUGUCCGCUUCGGUCACCUACAAACUUGACCAAUUCAAGGCUGAUCUGGUGGCAGCGUAUACAAAGGCUGGUGUGAAGGGAGAGAAGAUUCUUCUCCUUUUGACCGAUGAGGAGCUUCUUAACGAAGACUUCCUCGUCUACGUGGGUGAGUUUGUCGUGACUGGCGCCAUCACUCAUCUCUUCUCAGCCGAGGAGCAAACGUCCAUCAUCAACUCGAUUCGUACUGAGGUGACCGCCGCUGGACUGACAUACACACGGGAGACAGCUUGGGACUUCUUUCUCAAAACUGUAUGCAGCAACUUCCGGGUGAUUCUAGUGUCCUCUUCAAGCGGGGCGUCAUUCCAGGAUCGUUGCCGUCGGUACCCAGCCUUAACGGCCCACCUGAGCUGUCAUUGGUACCAACACUGGUCUAGAGAGAACCUAGUGGAUCAUGCACUGUUCCAUCUAAACAAUGUAGAGACGUUAAACCACAUUCAACGCGAGAACCUUGCCCAUCUCUUAGCCACCAUGCACCUGGCUAUCAGACAGCUAGACGGUGAAGAACAAGGGCCUGGCCAGUACCGCCAUCUGACCAAUACCACCUAUGAGAAAUUCGUCGAGAGGUUUUUGUCCAUGUACCAUCAUCGACAGCAGAAGAUCCAGACCGAACAUGUGACUGUGACCCGAGCUCUUGAGCACAUCAACAAAGAGAACAAACUAGCGACCAAACUACAAAAGCAGCUUGAACAUGAACUGGUUGUACUCGAAGAGAGGAAAGAGGGUACUGUCAAGCUUCUCUCUCAGAUUGGUCAGGACAAAGCCAUCGCUGAACAGCAGAUCAAGAUUGUACACAAACAGAUGGAGAAGAUCCAGAAACUGAAAAAGGCCCUACCGCAGUACUCACUUGCUCAUGCGAGGGCGGUGUACAAGACGGUUGCCGUCGUGCAGGAUACCAAGAAGGUUGUGCAAGAACUGGACAUCAACUCACUAGGGGAGCUGAGAGGAAUGCAGAAGCCUGAUGUAGACAUUGAAGACCUCAUGGCUUCUAUUAUAAUGAUAUUGAAAAGUCCCUCAUCUGACCUGACUUGGAGCAAAGGUGCCAAACGUCAAAUGGCUAAUAUUGAAAGAUUCCUAGAGGAGCUGAUGUUAUUCGACGACAGUGAGCUUCCAGAGAGUACGUUGAACCUUGUAGAACCGUACCUCAAGAAGGCUUCAUUUCAGCCUCAGAACAUGCAGAGGAAAACCAACAACCUGGCUGCAGCUUCACUCUGUAAAUGGGUCCGAGGAGUAGUCAGAUACCAUCGUUUGAUGAUCUCCAAGGUGAAGCCUCUCCAUGCUAAGGUUGAAGAGACGACCGCAGCGGUGGAAGAAGCCGAGCAUCGAUUGUCGACGCUAGAGAAUAAGAAGAAGGCCCUUGAGAUGCGUCUUGCAGACCUGUCUCAGAGUUUUGAAGAAGCAACAGUUGACAAGAACGAUCAAGAGGACCUGUCUAAGAAGAUGAGUAGAGAGCUACAGACAGCCAACAAAUUCAAAGAGAUUCUUGAGAUGGAGCACAAACACUGCAUCCAGAUCUGCCAGUCGCUCCCGCAGCGAGAGUUUGCCAUCCCAGGCGCUGUUGCCAUGGCAGCGGCAUUCGCUACCUACCUCGGAGCUUACGAUACCAAGUUCCGACGAGUCAUGCUCACCAUUCAGUGGCCAAUGUGUCUUCAGGAGAGAGGUGUUCCACUUCUGAUCGAUGCUGUCGACCCUAUGAAAGGCUGGAUAGUGGAAUGGGCCAUCCACACCAAUCGCACCCGCUCCAACACUGUGAUCAGCUCGGUCCAAAGUAACGACGGGGGUGCGAACACGCCCAGGGAUGCCCAAGAGCAGCCCCAAGAGAUUCGAAGGGAGCUUGACGAUGAGAAUGUGGGCGGAGUCGAGAUGCAAGAGGAGGCGAAAGAAGGGGGUGUGGAAGAACGAAAUGAAACAAUCUUGGAAGAAGGAGAAAUUGCUGCAGAGACUGAAACCCAAAAUAAAAACGCUGUUCAAGAUACACCAAGAAAUGGGGUACCAGGAGACAUCAAUGGUGGGUACCGGUCGCCAGAUAUUCAAACAGUAACGGAGAGUCAGUACAACUAUACAGUGGAUAACUUCCCACAGAUUAGCAGCAAUGACUUCACGCGUUACGUCCAGGCGUUGAUUAAACUUCUGGUGGGCGAGAGCGCCCUUCAAGAAUGGAUCACCAAAGGUCUCUGUCUACAAGAUAUGGAGAAUCUUGCUAUCCAGAAAUCGUCAUGGCAACGACCUCCGUUCCUGAUUGACCCCCAUAUGGAGGGAGUGCGCUGGCUUCGAAAGGUCAUCCAUCGGAGAAAGCUGACCAAUAUCGAUAUGCACACCAGGUUUGAUCCAUCCAUCGUUGUUCAGAUUGAGAAGGCCAUUCUCUCUGGCCUUCCACUGGUUCUAGUGAACUGUGAUGAGAGACUGGACAGUAUGGUUAUGCCUCUGAUUCACCAUGCUAACCACGGCAAUGAGUGCAGUACAGCAGAAGAUGCAAGGCUCAUCAAGUACUGUGGUCGUCGUCUCCUUGGUCACCAGAACUUCUGUGUGUCAAUGACAACGUCCCUACCCAACCCGCAGUUCUCCCCCCGCAUUGCCUCUACCACAACACUGAUUAACUACAGCCCAUCUCCGGAGGCAUUGAAGGAAGCUCUGCUUGCCAGAGCGUUCUGGAGGGUGUCUCCUGCCCUCUACGCUGAGCGUCGUAAAGUACUGAGGGCGAUAAGACAGCAUCGAUCAACACUACAGGUCCUUGAGGAGCAGUUACUUCAGACACUAGAGGGGGAGGUUUGCUCUGGUGACAUCACAGCUCACACUGACUACGUCUCCGCUAUUGUGGAUAAUAAAGACCAGGUCUAUGUGAAGCUCGUUGAGGCUGAGCGUAUCUUAGAAACCCUUGACAACAUCCGGGAUGAGCUGGUACCCGUAGCCAAGCGAGGCGCCAUGCUAUUCUCUAUCACUGCUAGUCUGAUGGGUGUGCAGCAUGAGUACCAGUUCUCGUUGCCGUUCUUCCUCUGGAUGUUUGAUCAGGCCGUCGGCGAAGACCAAGAAGAGGAGAUUGCCAGCGAUGACGGAGAGGACUUGGAUAGUGCCACCGAGGUGGGAGGUCACCAUUCCCCCUUACGCCCAUUAGGGGUGAGUGCCAGCACCCGCUUCACAGAGAAUGCACCCCCUCUGACUGAUCAAGACACCCAGGAAAGCGGAAUCACCCAGGAUGGGAGUGAAGCUCCAGGCUCAACAGAUGAUACAGCCAAUGCAGGCAACCCAGAGGACACCCAGACUCAAGCAGAAUCACUCCAGCAUCAGAUCAUGGCUCAGAUAGCCGCAGCCGAUCUACCAGAUCUACCCACGCAGGGAGUGGACUACAACAGCCUCUCAGCCAAUCAAGUUAAACAACUCGUUGACUGCCUGACUCAGACAAUCUAUCAAAACAUCAGACAGUCAUUGUACGAGGAGCACCGUCUGCUGUUCUCCACAAUGCUCUGUCUGAAUAUCCAGUACGAGACAACGGAACUAUUCUCAGAGGAAGAAUUAGCCCUCCUACUACAAGGUAACCCAGGGCUUGGCAACAUGGAGCUUUCCCUUGAAGAUUUUGACUGCGAUUCACCGGUCCCCUGCUUCCUAACGCAAGACAAGUGGGAAGACCUAAUGGCCAUAUCUGUCUUGCCUGGUCCCCUUGAUGGAUUAUGUGUACAGUUUGCACAGAGGAGCAGUGAGUGGGAGGCGUGGUACAAGUGUGCUGAACCCGAAAAUGAGCCAAUGCCGUAUCGACCAAUGACAUCAGAAGAAGAGGAACAUAGGCCAGUUGAUAACGAGGGGCAGACUUCUGCUCAGUCCACCCCAGACCUGGGUAGCUUAACCGAGUUCCACCAGCUUAUACUCCUGCGUCUCCUACGCCCUGACCGGUUCCCGUCAACGGCCAGACGCUACGUGACACGGCACCUGACCUCGGUUACCAGCCACCCGAGCUCCAUCGGAAGCAUUCUGGGUAGCAAGGAGAGACUACUUGGAGUAUUGGUGCUGCUGCCGCCGACACCGGCUUUCGGGAACCAACAGUUCCCUGGUAGCCUGAAAAUGAAGACGAGACCUGUUGACGUGCUGCGAGGAAUUGCUCAGAACAUCAGCUUUAACUGUAUUACCCUCGGUGACGGGGCAGAGUCUCGUAUCGACAUCGCUAUCGACACGGCAGCUGAUAACGACGGAUGGCUAGUUAUAGAAGAUCUCCAUCUAGCCUCGGCUAACCUACUGGCUGGUCUCCGUCAUCAACUUAUCAGAGUUGGUAAUACUGGAGGUCCAUUGGGACUUAACCCCAUCAACACAGACUCCAAGUCUCGAUUCUGCAUCUGGCUGACAUCAGAGCCUAGUGGGAAGCUCUCUGAUGCUCUACUCCAAGCUCUACGCAUAAUCUCUUGGGAUAACCUAAACGAUGAGCUCCUCGGAUCAGAGGAUCCUGCCCAACCAGGACCUGAAGUACCCAUCGCUGAUACCUCACUGGAUGAUCUCUUAAAAACAGCCAUUGUAUCAGCUCUCGACGCAGUCACACCAAUGAACUGGAAAAGAGUCCAGGACCAAUCUACCAUGUACAUACGCGGAGCCGCCUUUGGAGCAUGCGUCGUUCAUGGCCUACUAGCCGCUCGACAGAUGUUCGGUACUCGUGGAUUGACGCGCUGGUAUGGCUUCAGCCAAAUCCAGCCUAACCAUGCCAUGGAUGUCAUACUGGGGUCAAGUGUCGAAGGUCAAGGUAGCAAGGUCGUUGCCGUAGAGGAGCUGUGUAGACUUCUGGCAGAGGUUGUUUAUGGAAACGCUCUGACCAGCGACUGGGACCGGCUUUACCUCAACACCAUCGUACAAGAAGUUCUAUCAACCACUACCAGCCAAUCAGAGUCACUGAACCUAGGGGGUGUACCCCUCCCAACCCCUCCUGCUAACGUGGACCCAACGGAUUACGCCCGCUGGUUUGAGGAUAAAUGGGUGGAUGGGCGUGAAACGGUGAAAGCAUUGAGUCUGGAUGAGGGAAUUUGCAAAGUCGUCAACAAAAUCAGUGGCAAUGACUUUCUACACCACCUCGACACCCUGUACGAGCUACAACACACUGGUUCCUCUGCGCUUCACGAUCCUACAAAGAGCGCCCUCAACAUGACCAAAGUGCAGGCUGCGAUGGACGGCGUAAUAGAGCAGCUACCACCGAUGCUUGACCUUGGAGAGCUCCCUCUACAGGUGGUAAAUGAAAAGGAGCGUUACACGUUCCCAUACCACGCUCCUUCACUGAUGAGCUUGCUGAGUGUGACAAGUGCAGAAAUGCCACAGUCCAUUGGCUAUGUACUCUUGCAGGAGUGUCACUGGUUCAACUCUCUGCUGUGUCAUGUCCGUCAGACACUUCAUGAGCUCAUGGUUCACCUCCUGGGCGGGGAGAGAGGUAUGGCACCCAGUCUUACUGAGUGUGCUAGAGCAUUACAGAAGGAGCUGGUACCAGUCUCAUGGGUGCAUCCUAAUCGGCAGCCGUUGGGACAUACACUUCAUUCCUGGGUCACAGAUCUUCUGAAACGUUACAGUCAGCUGAGAGCGUGGGUUAAAGAGGGUAAGGUUCCCAACUCAUCCCAGGAUCCAGACAGACCCUCCCCACCCAAAGGAAGUCUGAUGUCAGUGUGGAUGGGUGGAUUGGCUAACCCCACUGCCGUCUUCACAGCCCUUAGACAUGAGAAAUCUGCCCUGGAAGGAUGCAUGAUGUCACAGAUUGGUAUCACAUGCGAGGUGUCCACCACUGUAGACACAGACUCCUUUGAGAUCGUCCACGAGGGCGGUAUGUAUCUACGAGACGUCUGGCUAGAAGGAGCUUGCUGGAACCUGGAACAUGGCUGCCUCGGAACCGCUGGGUCUACCCUAGUUAAGAUGCCCAGUAUCUACAUACGCCCAGUUCGCCUCGAUGCCCCCGCCCUGGAUGCUGAGAGGAGUGUCAGCUCAGCAAACCCAGCCUCCCAUCAUGAGGAUGAGAACCAAGCCAAGGACCGAACGGAGGGGCCAGAGUUAGCCAGAUACACCUGCCCUGUGUUCAUGAAUAGAUCCAGGCAGAUCUGUGCUUUCACUCUAGAGCUGGCAUGCCCUGCUCCGAUGGCAGAUUGGAUCCUGGCUGGAGCUGCAUUAAUACUAGAUCCAGGAAUACCUGAAGAUUGUGCAAGAAAAUGGCCGAAGCCUUCACACCGUAAACAUGAAGAGCCUCCCGUCCCGGUAAAAGAUGAUACACAGAGUGACCGCUCAGCCUCUGUCAUGUCCAAGCUCUCCACAGCAUUGUACGGUCAUGAUCCUCAAGACCCUAGAGUCCAUGCUGAUCCCGCUUCACGCCAUUCAUCACAUUCCCAGCGAUCACUUCGUUCUAGACAGUCUUUCCGCACGGAGCAGCCCACUACCCUUUUGCCGGCUUCAGAGCAGCUUCUUGAGCUGCCUGAGCAGGAGGCUGACUCAGAACACAACGAGGACGAGAGAGCAAAGGAAGAAGAUGGUGACAACAAAUCAACGGAGGAUUUGGACUCUAUGAUGACGGCUCGCUCUGCUCAGCUCGAGCGUGAGAGGCAUCAACACUCUGCAUUUGACUAUCGGGAUUCUCAAAACGAAAAAGAUAGCGUCAACACAAAUCAAAAUGCAGAUCCAUCUGUUGGAGAACAGAGUAAUUCUGCAGAGCAGCCAGAACAAGAUUCAAAGAGUAACCAUGAAGAUGAGAGAGCAUCUUUGGCGUCUUCUCUGAGUCACCGGUCGACGGGUUCAGAAGAGGGCGAGGAAUCAUUACCGCCGAGUCGUCAAUCAUCUACAAAAGAGGAAGACGAUGCUUCUUUACCUCCUUCUCCACCAUUGGAGAGAGCACCUGCUGCUCUUCCAGCAGAGCUCAGUAGUGAAGACAAUGAUGCUGGUAGUUAUGAUGAUGAUGCAUUCAGUGAUGCUGAGGAAGAGGAAAAUGGUGGCAGCGGUGGGAUACAGAAGGAUAGCGAUCAGAACUCUGUUCACAGUCAUUCCUCUAAGUCUCAUCAUUCAUAUCAGUCCAACAGCGCCUCUGAUCGUGAGGAGGAAGAGAAGAAGGAAGAAGAGCAAGCUGCACAAAAUGCUUCAAGAAAAAGCUCUGCCUCUCAGCGAUCUCAGAUAUCAGCUAAGAGCAGAGUGUCCGUUGCCUCAAGUCAAUCGAAGCAAAGUCAGGCUUCGGUAAAGUCCAGUCGCACUGCCUCAGCUGUCUCGCAGAAGUCAACUGCUUCCGGAAAUCAAGGAACUGCCUACAGGGCAUCAAGCUUUGGAUCUUUACACCAAAGUCUAGACAAUGACAAAAAGAAGGCUCCAAUUGGACAGUCCAGGACAAGCUUGCAGUCUGGCAAAUCCAAAAAGUCCACAGGAACUAAAAAUGAAAACAAUCAGAACUCACAAGGAAGUAUUAAAUCAGCACAGUCUUUGUAUAGCAACAAUAAGUCAGCUGAUCGUACUUCUGUGAACAGGUCUCAGAUAUCUGUCAAGUCAGCUGGGUCAGCCGAGAAAGAAGGAAGUCGGAAACCAUCUGCCAGCUCUACUCGCUCAGCAACGCGGAAUCAACCACUGGAAAAACCAUCAUCUCCUGCAAAUUCAAAGUCAUCAAGACGUUCUGUGAGAGAGCAAGCCUCACCAGUUGGAUCUCAAAAGUCUGUAAGGAAUUCACCAAGUCCAGCAGAUUCCCAGGACAAGGUUGUUAAACCAUCAUCCCCAGCUAAUUCAAGAUCCUCCAGGCGUUCGCCUUCUCUGAGAGCGCAAGCCUCACCUGUCGGAUCGCUAAAGUCUGAAAGGAGGUCGGCGAGUCCAGACGAAGAGGAAGCAGCUCAACCUCUUAGGACUUCUUCAGCCAGCUCCAAGAAAUCACUCGCAGAAACCCAGCCUUCACCUUCAGGCUCAAGAGCGGGUAGUCGACCAACGUCAAGUAAAUCCAAUCAACUUGAGACUGACCACAAAAUUGACGAUGUGGAUGAGCCUCCACCAGCCUCCCCCGUGCCAUCUCAGAGCAACGGUCUCUCUCUAGAAGACAAGCCAGCCGAUCUUCCGACCAAUCGUCCUCAAAGCGGGACGUCUCACAAAUCUGCUGAGAUACCAGCAGAACCUGAACAGGAGAACGGGCUCUCAGAGAAGCCACAGGAUGCGGAUGACCAAGAUGGAGAAAGCGAACCCUCCUCGGAUGAGGCCCCAGAUAAAGACACAAGUGACAAUGAGCAAGAGGCAACAGAGAAAACGAUUAAAGACGAUCCAGAGAGCAAACCAGUAGAAGAAGAUGAUGAUGAUUUCUUUGAUACAGGCAUCUCCAAGAAGGAUGAGCCACAGUUUUAAAAGUCACCACAACAGACCUAGAAGAAAAUUAAAUCAAUGUUAUGAGAGAGGAGGGGGGCAAUAAAAAGAAUGGAGCAUUCGAUAGCACCUUAUGCAAUGCAUCAAAGCGAUUCACCAAAGUAUUUUUAUGAGCUAUAUUGAAGAUUCAAAACACUCAUAAAAACGUACAAUAAACAGACAAGCAAUCAAAUACAUGUACAUAACAGUGGUAUGUCUUUUGUAAGAAUCGAGAUAAUCACUUUUUUUUUUUUUUUUUUAAUAUUGACGAGUAAUGUAGCUGAAAACUUCUACAGUUUAAUUAUAGCACAUACAAACUUUACAUACAAAAGGUAGCUACAGCCUUUAAGUUAAUCCUUUCUGGUGAUGAAAGCAAGGGUGUCUCAUAAGUGAACGUUAUCUCUGUAAAUGUGUGACUUCUGCCCAACAGGGGCUUAAAGGCAGUGGACACUAUUGGUAAUUGUCAAAGACUAGCCUUCACAGUUAGUGUAUC